ACAACGUUGAAUUCUAGAAGCAUUAUGGAGCAGUGAAGAGUGUUUUUGGCAGCAGGUGGAUUGUCAUUUUGAAUGCAUAUCUCAGCCACGCUGUAGAACAUUUUUAGCAUUUAAGAAAGGAGACAUCAACAAAGUAAGAGCAGCUUCCCAACUUGCAGAGCAUCCUAUUAAGACAGUCAUCGCCGUGAGUUGAACCUAAGGACCAUUCCUAUGGUGGCCAGCCAAUGCCUGGCCAUGGGCAACGGUUCGAUAAAAGCCCCGCGGGCUGAGGAGAACAGCUGCCUGGCCUCCAUCCACACAGACCCUCCUGGCCUGGACACAGACGUCCUGAGGUUGCGGAUCACACACCUAGAGACUGAGCUGGCACAACGUGACCAAGAGUUUAGAGCCCAGGAGCUCCAGUUGCAGCAUCUACGGAGGGAACUGGAGGCCAAGAUCUCCCAGAUUGACAAGCUCCAGGAUGCUAUUGGCUACAACAACAGCUUGGGCCGCUCGCCACCGAACCUUUGCCACCACAGCCACCGCCGCUUCAGCGUCAUUAACCAGGGUCCCAGCCGCUUCCACAGGGUCGCCGUAGAGGUCCACCGCAGGCUCAAAGCUAAAGAGGGUGUCUCUGCUGAACCAACCUCAGAGAACUUCUGCGGGGGUUUCAGAGCUACACACAUGUCCAUCGCAAAGCCUGUCCGCAAAGACUCAAAUACCAAGAAGCUCAUCAAUGAUGCCAUCAUGAACAAUGACUUUCUGAAGAGGCUAGAGCCACAGCACAUGAGAGAGAUGGUUGACUGUAUGUACGAGAAGGUUUACACCAAGGGACAGCUCGUCAUCCAGGAGGGGGAACCCGGAAACUACCUCUACGUACUAGCAGAGGGCUUGCUGGAGGUAAUCCAGAAUGGGAAGCUGCUGGGGGACAUGGGUCCUGGUACAGCGUUUGGAGAACUGGCCAUACUGUACAACUGUAAGAGAACAGCCUCUGUAAAAGCUGUGUCCCAGUCUCACAUCUGGGUACUGGACCGCAAGACCUUCCAGACUAUCAUGAUGCGAACCACACAGGCCAGACAUGAGGAGUACUUCAGCUUUCUGCGCAGUGUAUCUCUACUCCGAGAACUGCCUGAGGAGAAACUAGCCAAGAUAGUUGAUUGUCUUGAAGUUGACUAUUUUGAAAAAGGAGAGUACAUUAUCAGAGAAGGUGAAGAGGGGAACACUUUCUUUAUUAUCGCGAAAGGAGAGGUGAUAGUCACUCAGAGCACAGAGGGCUGUGCUGAACCACAGGAAAUCAAGACCUUGGGAGUUGGAGACUACUUUGGAGAGAAAGCUCUGAUCAGUGAGGAUGUUCGUUCAGCCAACAUCAUCUGCAAUGAGAAUGACACACACUGCCUGGUGGUGGACAGAGACAACUUCAACCAGAUGGUGGGAACUUAUGAGGAGCUUCAGGCUUACCUGAAGGAAUACGUGGAGGAGCUCUCCAGGAGUGAUGAGAGGAGGAACGCUCUGCCUCAUUCACCUCAGAUUGACUCUGCGGAAGCCCAGGAGCUGAGAAGGCUGCGGGAGAGGAUUGCUCUCUUGCCUCCUCACCAGCCUUUCCAGGAGCUGGAGGUCAUAGCCACGCUGGGCAUGGGAGGAUUUGGACGAGUGGAGCUGGUGAAGCUGAAGGACGAGGACAUUACAUUUGCUCUGAAGUGUAUUAAGAAGAAGCACAUUGUGGACACCAGACAGCAGGAGCACAUCUACUCUGAGAAGAACAUCCUUCAGCAAACCAACUCACCAUUCAUCAUCAGGUUGUUCCGAACAUUUCGGGAUGACAAGUUUGUCUACAUGCUGCUGGAGGUGUGUCUUGGAGGAGAGCUGUGGACUGUGCUUCGGGACAUGAGUUAUUUUGAGGAAUCCACAGCCAGAUUCUGUACUGGUUGUGUCUUAGAGGCCUUUGAUUACCUCCAUACCAUGGGCAUCGUCUACAGAGACCUGAAACCUGAAAACCUUCUCCUGGAUGCUGAGGGUUAUGUCAAAAUGGCAGACUUUGGCUUUGCUAAAAAGAUCGGCCUUGGAAAGAAGACUUGGACAUUCUGUGGGACCCCGGAGUACGUAGCCCCAGAAGUUAUCAUGAACAAAGGCCAUGACUUUGGAGCUGAUUGCUGGUCUUUGGGAAUCCUCAUAUUUGAACUUCUCACUGGCAACCCCCCCUUUGCUGGCUCAGACCCCAUAAAGAUCUACACCAUGGUCCUCCACGGCAUUGAGAAAGUGGACUUCCCUAAGAGAAUAGGCAAGCGUCCAGACGACCUCAUCAGGAGACUCUGCAAACUAAACCCAGUGGAUAGGCUGGGAAACAAAAAGAAUGGCAUCAUUGACAUCAAGAAACACAAGUGGUUCCAAGGCUUCAACUGGGAGGGUUUGAGGCGUCACAAACUCUCAUCUCCACUGAAGAGAGAGCUGAGGGGGCCAAUGGAUCACAGUCACUUUGACAUCUUUCCUCCGGACACAGAGGAGCCUCCUGAUGAGCUGUCUGGAUGGGAUAAAGACUUCUGAAGACUCCGAUCAUACACAGUCUGUGCAACAACUACACAUCUGGCUUUUGAAGCAGCAAUGAGUUAGCAAGCUAACUCCUGAAGCUUUGGCUGACUUGAAAUGGAGCACGUCACCAUGGUAACUGAGAAUGAACAUGCAGCCUGCUACUGUAAAACCUGUACUGUAAAAAUUUGUCUGUUCAUACUACUUCCUUUUCCCUGUUUACCUUUGCUGCUUCAACAGCCACAUCAUGCUGCAGUGAUCAGUACUUCCAUCACACCCUGUCUGUACUGGACUUGCUUUGUGAGAAGCCAUUUGUUUUUCUAAAUCCCACAUCAGCAAGACAGCGGAUAGUCUAUGACAGCCUCCAUGGAACAACAUUUUAAAUCUUCUCAUUUUUCACAGUUUUUAAAACCAGCCUUGCACAUGUUAUGUAUUAUUUUCACAGGUAAUAAAAUUACAAAAUGUGUUGUUGCUUUAUAUAAUAUUUUCAAGG